AUUAAUAGUGCCGUGGUAGAAUCACGUGACUGACCCACCCCCGACAUCGAGAUUCAUCGUGAAUUCAAUAUCUCCAGCCUCAAUCCACACCACCUCACCACCUCACAUUACCAGGACAGUCUGCGCAAUGGCGUUAGACGCACUCCUGUCCGACCCCCUCCUCUCCCUCCGCCGGGCCAUCGCAGCUCAAGCCCUACCCUCGCCCACCACCACAGCCGACAUCACGUCGGCCUCUGACAACACAACCGACGACCUUGCGCAAGCCAGCCACCUCUUCUUCACACACCCACAACCACACACCAUCCCCCUAAACACGCCCACUCGCUUCGUUUCCUCCGCCAGCAAUGACACGCCGGUCGACCUGCGCAGCAUCUUCUUCGCAUGGCAGAAAAAGGAUGUCGCGAUCCCAGAAUACAUCGCCUCGGCGCAGCACGUCAACGAAGCUUUAGCCCAGAAAGCCUCUGCUGCUGGUGGUACUUCUGACGAGCAAAUAUUGAACCUGGUCUUCGUUGAACGCCUCGAUCUGAUUACCUGGCUCGAGGGCGCGUCAGAUGAGAGCGAGUAUAUCAAGCCAUUGGAAGGCGCCGCGGCGGUCGCUGCGGCCGCUGCAGAUGCUGCAGCUGCAGCAGCAGUGGCGUCGCAGUCUGUUGUAACUGCGGUAGCAGACGUCACGGCGCCAGUGUCGGCGAGCGCGCAGGCUACGGCUGCUGGUGCCACAAGGCCGACAAAGGUGAUCGAUCCGCGGUUGCAGGAGAUAUACAAUGGCGAGCGGAAGCUAGGGGAUCGGAAUACAGUGCUACGGGGGACCAAGCCGACGGAAUUUUCUCAUGUCCGCAAAACCGCAGAGAUCUUUCUCGGCAUUAUUGUUCCCACACCAUCGGCUGGACUGGCACUGCCGAAAAAGCCCGGCUCGUCGUCGUCGUCGUCGGCGUCGUCGUCAUCUCGCCAAUACCCAAUCAUCCUCCUCUCCCCAUCCGCCUCCUCGCCUAUCCGGCUUUCCAAUAUCAAGUCAUUCCUUCAAGACGGCGUAUUCGUGCCCCCGGACCACCCGACGCUCGCGUCACAAACCACCUCCAACAUCCAAUUCAUAACGCGCCAACUGCGCCUAGUCGGAGACUCAGCCAGCAGCAGCGCCACCGGCGGCAUCAAACCCGGCAGCAGCACAGCACAAUCCCGGCGCCCAACCCGCUUCAUCCUCGCUGACAACACCGCCAACUUCCGGCCGGACUACUGGCAACGCCUCGUCGCGGUGUUCACGACAGGUCAAUCGUGGCAAUUCAAAUCCUACAAAUGGUCCCACCCGCCCGAACUCUUCCGGCAUGCUGCGGGGAUAUACGUGAAUAUGAGCGGCGAUCAUGUCCCCGGGCAAAUCAAGGAUUGGGGGAGAGGAGUUAGCACGUUUACGUUGGCGCGGUGGGAUGAGAAGAAGGGCACGGAGGGGGCGGGUAGGUGGUUGGAUAGAGAGAUUGUAGAGCAUAUUUGGGAUGUGGUGGAGCAGAACAUGAAGGCGAAGGGGCUUUUGAAGUGACAUAUCAUAAUAUAUCAUAACCGGACAUAUGCGAGAGGAUUGCUUGGGUUGCGACUAGAAUUGAAUUAUGUGGUUGCGUUCUCUCGCGCCGAAGUCAUUGUUCACUGACCUGACCAAACCCAAAGUCUUUUCCGCACUCUAUAGCUGUCAACGCGUGGUUUUCAGUAUCAGCAUCUUAUUAUAAUACUUUUAAAAUAACUUGUGAUUUCCUGUUCGG